AGAAAUGUUGCACAUUAGUGAAAGAAAAGUAGGAAUAUUGUUGGCAAGUCAAGCGAGCUGCCAAAAAUAUGCAAAUGAGCAAAUAAUUUUCAUAGAUGCUGACCCAUAAAAGAAUGUUUCGCUCCAGACCCACAUUGCUCCGCUUCAAGCUCUCUCGUACUCAACAUUUCUGCACCAACACCACAAAACCCACUAAUAAUAACAGCAGCAGCAGCGACAAGAUUGAAUCAAGUAUUAGUAAAUACUACGAGACUUAUCGCCAACUGGACAAGCUUGAUUUCAUGACUGCUGCUAAGAUUGUCUUCUCUGAACCCCCCAAGCAAAAGAAGUUUGGGAUCGAUUUCCAUCUGGUACAACUCUUCUUUGCCUGCUUGCCUUCUUUGGCUGUAUAUAUGGUGGCUCAGUAUGCUCGCAGUGAGAUGAAAAAAAUGGAUGCGGAACUCGAGCUAAAGAAGAGAGAAGAAGAGGAGAAAGCAAAAGAGAUGGAACUAAAAGCUAUUGAAGAAAAGGAAGCCAGAUCUAAUCCAGAGCUUCUGGAGGUGAAAGUGAGACUGGAUAAACUAGAGGAAGCUGUAAAGGAAAUUGCAGUUGAAUCAAAGAAACAAUCAGGUGAUGAUGCAUUAAAAAAUCAGGAAGAUAGUAGCAAGGAAAAACACAUUGCACCAACUAAAUCUCAUGAUAGCCAAAGCACGUCAGAAUCAAGCAAUUCUGCGGAGAAAGCCCAUCUUAGCAAACAGAAAUCUGCGGAACUAGCACCUGGCACAGGAAAGUCAACUGCACCUGGAACAAGCUCCUGAUACUUCUCAGCCGCACCACAAGAGCAAGAUCCAAAAUGAAGGAAUUUUUGAAGAUGCUAAGAGAUGAUGAAUAGCCUCACUGGUAAAUUCUAUAGAGAAAAAAGUCUACCUUUCAACAAAUGAUCUAUGUGGUACAGUAGGCUGAUUUUGCCUAAGAAUUUUUGGGUUGCAAGGGGUGAUAUUUAGUUUCUUAUAGUUAAAAUUGCUUUGAGUUAAUUUUAUUCUUGGGUUUUGUAUUUUGUGUGCUCCAUGUAACAGGUUUGGGAGCAGGCAAGAUUUGAGAGUCCAUGUUCUUUUUCCUGUUGUUCUUACUGACAAUGUACUGGAGAGUAGAUAUUAGAUGCUUAAAAUUGCCUAAUACUUGAGCUGGCAACUCGAUGGUUAAGUUCAAUUUGCCAGUGUUGCACUUCAA